CCGACUGAUACACACACAAGUCCCUGGAGGAACUGUUGUCCUGGAUAACCCUGGUGGAUUGGCUUGCUUCUAAAGAACUCUGUGGAAUCUCCAAAGACAGUGUCUCUAUAUCAAUUUAAGGCACUUUAGUUAUAAUGUGGUUUUCUUUAUCCAUCCUCAUUCUGCUCACCACUUUCCCCUCCUUUCAAACCACAAUAAACAAAGAGAAGAAAAAUGCCACAGGAACUACAAGUGAACCCAAACCUCAACUCAUCACACUCUCCCUUACAAAACCUAAAACAGCCACACUUGUUAAACUCACCAAACAGACCCCUAAAUCCACCCCAAAAGUCCUAAUGCAGACCACAGCUAACCAAACUCUCCCAGUCCCCUCGAUCCUCAUCAAGCCUGUGCCAGCCAUGCUCGUCAAAAUCACCAAAGAGACCCCUAAGCCCACUUCUAAAGCCAUAAGCCCAACCACAGCCAAUCAGACACUCCCAGCUCCCUCAAACCCUAUCAAGCCUCCAACAGCCAAACUCCUCAAACCGACCAAAGCGGCCCCUAGACACACCCUGAAAACCCUAACCCCAACUUUAGUCAAUCAGACACUACUAGCUACCUUAAAUGCCCCCAAGCCACCAACAGCCAAACUUGUCAAACUUUCUAAAGAGAUCCCUAAACCCACCCAGAAACCCCUAAGACCAACCACAGCCAAUCAAACACUCCUAUCCCUCUCAAGCCACGUCAAGCCUCCAACAGCCACAGAAGUCAAACUUUCUAAAGAAACCACAAAACCCACUCAGAAACACCUAAGCUCUACCGCAGCCAAUCAGUCACUCCCAGCUCCCUCAAACUCUGUCAAAACUCCAGCAGCCAACCUUGUCAAACUUUCUAAUGAGACGUCUAAAUCCACUCUGAAAUCCUUAAGCCCUAACGCAGCCAAUCAGACUCUCCCAGCGCCCUCAAACCCUGUCAAGCCUCCAACAGUCACACUUGUGAAACUCUCUAAAGAGUCCCCUAAACCCACCCAGAAAACACUAAGCCCUACCACAGCCAAUCAGACACUACCAACCCCCUCAAACCCUUUCAAACCUUCAAAAGCCACACUUGUGAAACUCUUAAAAGAGACCACUAAACGCACCCAGAAACCCCUAAGACCUACCGAAGCCAAUCAGACACUCCCAGCUCUGGCAAAACCCCUCAAACCUAAAACAGUUAGCAAUCCAAAGACCACGAAGACCACCAAAGACAAACCCUCAACCACAUCGCCACAACCCAACCCCAUCAAGGUGCUUGUCACUUCUGAGCCCAGCUGCAUCCACAAGAAUGCAGAGAAGGACGCUGGCAACCGCACAAAGGAGCACACCCAGACCCACGAGCUGAAAGUUAAGCAUGGCUCACCGUUAACACUGACCCACCACAUCAGCCUUGUCCCUACAUUCUGCACCGGGGCCUGUGUGGCCGAGAUGGCAGCACUGAAAGGCCGCGUGGCUAGGCUGGAGAAAGAGAUGUCCCUAAUGAAGAGCAAAUGUGCAUCCUGCUCCAAAGGCCUCUGUCCCAAGGACUGUAGUGGAAAUGGGAAAUGUGAGAAGGGAAAGUGUGUCUGCCUGCCAGGCUUUCUGGGUCUAGACUGCAGUAAGUGCACACCUGCAGCAAACUGCAGUAAAAGUGCCAGCGACAAAGUCCAAAUAACAGUGGAGACAGUGACAUUAAAGUUGUCACCUGAGAGCAAAAUUGUCAAGGAGAGUGGGCAGGGGAAGAAGGCCAAGGCUGAUCAGACACUCUUCAAAAAGAAAACAGAUGCCAAUGAUCUGAAGAAGGCUACAGCCACAAAAGAGGGUGACAUCAAAACAAAGGACACCACAACUGUAAAAGCAGGCCUUUUCAAGACACUGCCCAAACAGGGAGUUAAAGACACUAAAACCAACAUUAAAGGCUCCUCACAUUCUAAUGCUACAAAGAUUGGACUGGGCCGACCCACUGUUGGACAGGUUCUCUUGAAACACCAUGGGGAAAGAAAGCAAGAAAGUAAAGGCAAAACGACAGUUUUAAAAAAGAAGUCCAACCCUGACCUGAAGUUGAAAGUGGCAGCUAAGGAGGAAUCUGCAGGUAAAGACAAUGCUAAAUCUGGCAACCUCAAUGACCAGCCCCAGGCCAACCUCACCCAGAGCACUUUGAAGACAACCGCCAACAAAACCCAGUCCGGAAAAGAAACUCUGGAACAGUCGACUUUGGCCGAGAAAAACGUUACUCUUACAUCUGAGAAGAAAGUCGUAAAGAAGGACAAGCUAGGAAGAAACGUAAACGUCACAAAGGUGUCAUUUUCUACUGACGGCACUAAGUCUGUGAAGGGCAAUAAGACAGAGGCAGACAUGACUCAAACUAGUGGGAAUACUGGCUCAGGCAAGGACAAGACGGUUCCACAGAGGAGACAGCAUGUGAUCAACGUGACCACAGUGGAGACCACCUCUGAAGUCAGUGUCCUCAGCAACAAGACAACAACUGUCCAGUCCCCCAGAAACGUCACCAAGAAGGCAGGAACCGGAGUCGGCGGUGGACUUGGAUCUGUGAAGGUUCAGAAUGUCACCACAUACAGCUUCACCCUCGUAUGGUCUGCACCGACAGCCAUGUUCAAAAACUUCACAGUUUCCAGAACAGAGCACGGGGAUGAAGGUGAGGAAGAGGAGGAGGAGGCAGAAGAAGGAGGCACUCUCGGUGGAGAAGAGAAAGUCACAGUGUCUGUCAAUGUGACGGAGAUCCUAAGACAGAGUGAAAGCACCAAUGACACAGCCUCUUCUACCACCAAAGCUCCCGCUAGCUCCAGAGGUAAAGCCCACACAAAGAGGGUGUCCAUGGUCCUUCCUGGCAGUGUUCGCUCGGUAGAGUUCAGGAACCUGCGCCCUCAAACCACCUACACCCUGCACAUUUAUGGCACCACUCCCACGUUUCGCUCCAAGAUUCACAGACUAACCGUCAUGACAGGACCGGAGCCUCCAACAGAGCUGGUGUUCAGUAACGUGACAGAGUCCUCUUUCUCUGUGUCCUGGUCAAAACCAAAGGGCACAUUUACCGGCUUCAAAAUCACAAACACUCACUUUGCCACAGGAGAGAGACAUUCUGUGUCAGUGGUCCCCCAGCAGUCCCAUGUGUCUCUAUCCAAGCUGUCGUCAGGGGCAAUUUAUGAGGUCAGAGUCCUGACUACGAUGGGGAGGAGAGAGAGUGACUCCCUCACGGGGAGCAUCACCACAGUGCCGGCCCCCCCAGUGGCUCUGCGAAUGGUCAACGUGACAGACACAAAGGCCGUGCUGCAAUGGACCCCCGCCAUGGGAAAAGUUGACCGUUUCAUCAUUAGUUAUGAGUCUGCAAAAACUCCUAACGUAACAGUGACAGUGAUGUUGUCGGGUAACUCAGUUCAGCACCAGCUGAGAGGCCUGCAGAGAGCCACUUUGUACACAGUCAAAGCCCUGAGCCAGAAAGACAGCAUGCAGAGCACGGCGGUCACUACCACCUUCACAACUGCCAGCGCUGUAAAGGCGAGUGAGGUGGGAGCUCGUUCAGCUGUUGUGUCCUGGAAAGCACUCGGCGUGUCUUUCAGCAGCUACAGAGUGACCUAUCAGAUGGCCGGAGAGGGAGCCAAGGAGGUGAUUCUGGACUCCAGUGCGACGGAGUACAAGCUGACUGGACUGUUGUCUACAACUAAGUACAAGGUCCUGGUGGAGGGAGAGGAGGACAGACAGUACACAUCCAUUGUCACCACUGAGUUUAUCACAGGAAACCUGCGAUUUCCGUUCCCCGCGGAGUGUUCAGAAGAGCUGCUGAAUGGAGAGCUCCAGUCGGGAGAGGUGGACAUCUACCCAGAGGGCCAGGAUGGGAAGGCGGUUCGAGUGUUCUGUGACAUGGAGACCGAGGGAGGCGGCUGGACUGUGUUCCAGAGGAGAAUGAAUGGAAAGGCAAAUUUCUACAGAUCCUGGAGUGAUUACACCAACGGCUUUGGCAACCUCAGCGAAGAGUUCUGGCUCGGUAAUGAGCUGCUUCACAACCUAACCAGCAUGGUCCCAGUGAGCCUGAGAGUGGACCUGCGUUCAGGGAACCAGACGGCCUAUGCUCUCUACACAAACUUCACCGUUAACUCAGAGGCCAAGCACUACGCCAUCGAUGUGUCUGGAUAUACUGGCACGGCAGGCGACUCCAUGAAGUACCACAACGGGCGACCAUUCUCCACCAAGGACAAGGACCCUGCGCCCCUGGGCAUCCAUUGUGCCAGGGCCUACAUGGGAGGCUGGUGGUACAAAAACUGCUACAAGACCAACCUUAAUGGCCUUUAUGGCACCGACAGAAACAACCAGGGUGUGGUGUGGAUAGACUGGAAAGGCAAAGACUCCUCCAUCCCGUUUACUGAGAUGAAGCUCCGACCGGCCGGGUUCUCCCCGACAACACGCGGCUAAGAUUGUCCCGUGACGCGUCUACCCCCUUAAAAUCGGUCUUUUGAGAAACAGUGGAGAGCCAGAAGAACCGAAGCGUUUGGACGAUGUGCCUCCAGCCUACCCGACAGUACAGAGCUCCGGUUCUGUAGCCCCUUCAUAUCAGCGGUCUCUGUCUCUCUUAAGGAUUUAAGGAUUUCCCGCAAUUGUAGACAGGAAAUAUUUGUGAUCGCAGCUUUUUGUAUUAUUAUUGUGUCCAAAUCUAAGAUGGUUCUGUUGUUCUGUCCUCAAGGCAUCUUUAACUGAUGCACAUCGCAAAGGUUUGCCACCUCAACACUACUGUAAUUGAAACAAAAUGCACUGUCUCAUUCUAUUGGAAUAAACG